AUGGCCAACUGUAGCCUAAGCUGCGCGGUUCCCCCGGCUACACACCCACGGGCUCUUCCGCCCGUAGCUUCUCGGGAACCCACCCCGGCUGGGGCCCCGCUCGGGACCGCAAGCUCCAGCUCAGUGAACACACCUGCAAUCGACUCCGAGAGCCAGGGACACGAGCAGGUGCUGGAGCUCGAGAAGGAGUUCCACUUCAACCGCUACCUCACGCGGCGGCGGCGCCGCCUGGAGAUCGCUCACUCGCUGGCCCUGAGCGAGCGCCAGGUCAACAUCUGGUUCCAGAACCGGAGGAUGAAGUGGAAGAAAGACCACAAACUGCCCAACACCAAGAUGAGGCCGGGUCCUCCCGGACUUCCCCAGGGUCUGUCUCAUCGCCCCGACUGCAGUAGAACAUAA